UUAGGUUAAGAGUGGGGUUAGGAUGACAGUUACUAUAUAAGCGGAGGAAUACCGGCGCCUUGCCCCUAUUCGGUCACCAUCCGUCGUGCAACAUACAUUCAGAUGUCUCGCGAUGGACAGCCGCGUUUCCAUCGUCGUACCCGGAAUAGUCGUUCACGAAGUGAUACGCGUAGCCGGUCGCGGCAUUCUUGUGAUGGUUCGCGCUCACGCACUCCGCAUCUUCGAUGUUCACGAAAACGACGCACGCAAAGAUGUCACUCUCGCAGCAAUUCACGAAGACGCUCGCCGCAUAUCAGGCGUUCCAGUGGGCGGGACUACGGGCAUGGUCAAGUACCACGUGGCGAGCAGGCGUCGCGCAGCGUACGCACGCCGCCGCUGUCACCCGUGGCCGCGCCGCCGAGCAAUUGUGGAUCCUGGAAUGCUGUCCUGGCGCGAUUGGAAGCGCUGGAACAGUUCUCAUGUGCCAGCUUCGGUAGAACGGACUUCAGUUGGACGGCCGAACGGCUAGCCAGAAACCAAGCCGCCAUGGACGCUCAAGUUAACGGGGAUAGGCGUCCGCCUCGUGUGUUUCAAGAAGGAGACUUGGUCUUAGUCAUCAAGUAUGCCCAGUCCACGGGGAAGCUUGAUCAUGGCAUGCGCGGGCCCUAUCCAGUGGUUCGUGUUUUGCCUCAUUGGCGCUACGAGCUGCGACUGGUGGCCGGUUCCUAUGGCAAAACAGCCUUUGCCGCUGCGCAGUACAUGGUACCUUGGGCAAGCGAGUGUACACCCGAGUCGUGUGCUGGUUUCUUCGAGGGCAAGUGUGCCACUGUGUAAGUGCCGUUGGCCAACUUGUGUGGUACCCUUGAAGAAAUGUCCUGGGGCAAUGUUGCCUUUUGGACUCUGUGGAGAUUCUUACUAUUCGUGGGAAUAGUAGUGUUGUUUGGCCUUCUGUCAGUGUGGUGCACCUGUAGGGUGUACCCAUGACCUCUGGAAGCUGGUCGGCUUUGCAAACCGAUCAGUCGCUGUGAGAUGUGCGCUCAUAGUGUUCUUUAUUAAGCAUGCUAGUCAUAGUUAUUUUAGUACCUAAGUUGUCUGAACGUUAGUGUUUAUGAAACCUGAAGUUAUUCAUUUAUAAACUACAGGUGGUAAAGAUAAGUAACUGAACUACGAAACAACGACGUUCAAACCCUAUACUUGGUUGUUUAUUUUAACACUAACACGAACUAACCUGCAUGAUGGCAACAUGGGCUGGUAUCCUCGCCGUUUACUAAUGGUUUGACUUCUUCCACAGACAAUGACGAUGAUAACGGUGGUAGUGUGGUUGAAGACCAGCCACCUCAGUUAGAGUCGCCUGCACCAGACCUGCCCGGGCCUAUGCCUGCAC